AGUACUGACCAGAAAGCUUUGAAGAAGAUAUUGGUAGCUGCACAUGACAAGUCUCAAAAGAAGGUUGAUAAAGCUAUAGAGGACAUACAAAAAGAUGAAGGCAGGGAUACAAAGUGAAGGAAGGCAAGCAUGUGUUUCCACACAUGUCAGAAUUGUGGAUUUGAUUAAGCAGACAUUGAAGCUGUUAACUCCCUUUGUUCUUCAUGUUUAUUGCAUGCAGCUGUGUGAAUCAAACAUUGAAGCAGUAGAGGAAAUUAACUUUUCAGUUUCUAAAGUGAAGAGCAACUACAAG